AGUAAAACACUACGUGAUAUUAUACGCUAGACUUUUCUUGAUCGUCGUAUAAGUCGUCCCAAUAGCACCGAGUAAAAGAAACGAAGGAACUAAAGAGUUUUGGCCCACCCAAGUGAAAACAGCUGUCAGGCUGUCAGGACUUUCACCGGUGCCACUAAUUUCUCAACAAAACUUACGAGACUUACACGGCCCAACGCUUCCUUGCAAAGAAAAGAGCGUAGACAAACGUGAAAAGCAUCAAAUUACAAAUUUAUCUGUAUUUCUUGUAUUUGCUCUUAGUAUGGUAUAGCAGUAAUAAUCUAAAGACCCUUGCAUAUCAUGGCCGACACACAUCCGGACUCCGGCCUCCGGAAGCGCCGCGCAAGCUUCGUACAAGCCGCCAAGGAUGUAGAGCAGAAGAUCGCCUCGGCGUUACUUGUGCUGUGGGACGACCUGCCGUCCUGGCGGCGCGAUAACCAUUACAUCGUCUCGGGAUACCGUCCGGAUAGCAACAGCUACUGGCGGUCCUUCACCUCGCUCUUCUACAUCCAUAACGAUUUCGUUAACAUCUGGACGCAUCUCCUCGGUGCCAUCUUCUUUACCUCUGCGGGAGCUUGGUUGUAUCAUGUCAUCGCACCUCGAUACGUAUCCGCAAGCAGCUCGGACGUGUUGGUGUUCGCUUGUUUUUUCGCCGGCGCAAUUCUGUGUCUCAGCAUGAGCGCUACAUUCCACACAGUUUUGAACCAUUCCGAGGAAGUCGCGAAAUGGGGGAACAAGCUGGAUUACUCGGGCAUCGUCUUUCUUAUCGUGGGGAGUUACGUUCCAGCCCUCUAUUACGGUCUAUUCUGUAUACCGAAGCAAAUGACGAUCUAUUUGUACGGGAUAUUCCUCCUAGGCUUUGGCUGUGGCGUAGUGUCCUGGGUCGAGCAGUUCCGGACACCACGUUGGAGACCCUACCGAGCGGCCAUGUUUGUGGGCUUGGGUGUAUCUGGAGUUGUCCCUGUCUGCCAUGCGCUUCGUAUAUACGGUUAUCAGACACUCAAUGAGCGCAUGGGUCUUAAUUGGGUUUUAUUCCAAGGGUUUCUAUACAUCUUUGGAGCGUUUCUCUAUGCAGUUCGAUGGCCUGAACGAAGUUUUCCACGGACCUUUGACAUAUGGGGUAGCUCUCAUCAGAUAUUUCAUGUCCUCGUCUUACUUGCGGCCGCAUCACAUUUGACCGGCAUGAUUAAAGCGUUUGAUCACCACCAUAGUAUCAUGGGGGGAGAAUGCUAAAACGUAACCGACAAUAUAUUGAGGCUACUGCGUUCCUUACCACGAGGCGCCAUUUAUAGGAUCCGGAGAGCUAGCCGCCUGAGAUAGUCCACAAUGGAGCCAGUGUGGUUUUGGAGACGCAUCCUUGUCUCCCUCUCGGGGAAGUUGACUAGGUAUGUAUACGCGGAAGUCGCUACGUAAUGUGUACUAUAUCCGGGAUCGAUGGUCUUCAACGGUAGAUUGCAACGGACGGCGAGUAUGGAUAUUAUGCAAUUAUAAUGGAGGUCGGAGUUGAGUAUAUACGAAUAGUCCUGUUCGUUCUGAUAGCAUGCCUGUACUAUAGACUAAACGGGGAGCCAUUAUACCACAAGCGUUCUAUAAAACUAUUCCUUAGGAAGAGCAAUUGAUAGAAUCUGGCACGACCGAACCCGUACAUGGUCAAGUUGCUGGAUACCUAUAUAAGUGUAGGUGCUAUUAACU